AUGCACCUUGGAUAUCUCGUCCUCACUGUCUUCCUGGGGCAACUGCUGGGCACCAUGGGGCAGACCACCGUCACCCAGCAAGAAGGACAAGUCACAGUAGAGGAGAAAGACACCUUCCAGACCACCUGCACCUACCAAACCUCCAUCUUUUAUGCCUUGUUUUGGUACCAGCAGAAGAAAGGCCGAGCUCCUCAGCUGCUCUCAUCUCAGGCAGCAGCUGGCCACAAGCCGAGCAGCCAUCUCACCACGUUGCUGAACACCACAGGGAAAUACAGCCUCCUGCAGCUGGAGGAAGCCUUGUACCUCUGUGCUGUGCAAGACACCCUGUUUAAUGCAGGCAAAGUCACUUUUGGAAAGGGAACGGUGCUUUCAGUGAUACCAGAUGUUACUCCAUCUCCUUCAGUCUACAGGCUGAUCUCUAAAGAUGAUGAGGAUUUGGAAAUGUGCCUUAUCACAGACUACUCCCCUGAAAAGCUUACUCUUAACUCGGCUGAUAAGCAGACAGAUGCUGUUGUGGAGGUGGCAACAUCUGAGAACAAACAGGAAGCGAGCUACCUGUCAACCUACUGGGCCAAGAAAGAUGAAAUGCAGUGUGGUGCAAAUCAUGAGGGCUUUGGAGAACUGGAGGGCGAGGAUCCUGAAAGUGGUGCCAGUACUGUCUGUGUUACAGGGAUGUCUCUACACUUCAGGACAGAUGAAAACCUGAACUUGCUGUCUUUGUCACAGCUGGGCCUGAAAAUAAUUUUAAUGAAAGGAAUAAUUUUUAAUGUGCUAAUGACGACGCUUAUGUGGAAAAAAAAGAAUGAAAGUAACCAAAUGGUGCAGUCCUGAAGUACCAAAAAAAUCUGCUGAGGAAUCUUUACUAGAGCAUCGUGUGCAAGAGGGAACACAGGCAUUCCUGUUGCAAGGGAUAUCACUUGCUGUUUCUGUAUAUCACGCCAGCCAUUAUAGUCUAAAUUGCUUUAUUUGCAAUGUUAUAAAGCUAUUCAAAAAUAAGCUUAAAUUUUUCAGCAUUCUGCUCCCCUAGAUGCCUGAUUCAUUUAGCAUGACAAUGCCUCUUUUUGCAUGAAGCAUAAUUUGCUAUAACUAUAAAUCGCCAAACAUCACUAUUACUUGCAUUAAAAUGACACACAAAUUCUGCUUGGGGCAGUGUUGUUUGUUGAACACUGCAAGCUAAAUACCACUUGAAUGUGAAUUUUUCAUAUUCUGGUAGCUUUCAGGUAUGCAAGUCUUUUAGAGUGCACCCCCACAGACGCCACUUCAGUUGCAAAUGAAACACUCUGAAAAGCAAAGGGAGUCUUAUUCAGGGUGCUAUGCACCAUGUUCUGCUAUCUUUUGCUAGAUCAGAGCAAGGUAUCUUUUUUUUUUCCCCUAAAAGAUAUGCUGCUAGGUCUCCCUGAAGUCCUGAAUUCAGUGAAAUUCUCACUUCAUUAUCACAGAACAAAAGAAUGGUUUUUAGUAUUUUUUAAAGUUUAUCUGGCCUUAACAUUUUCUGAGUUUAAACCAGCUUAAGAUUUGGCUUUGUAUUUAGUAAAAAUACAAACUACUUCUGUUCUUUUUGUUUAGUUCUAACAACGCUAAAUUUCCCUAUUUCUUUUUAUAAUCACUGCAUAAAACUAUACUGAAAUAUUUACCUGUCCAUGUGGGUACUCCUUGGAAACAGUGCAUGCAUGUGAAAUUCGCAUGCUGCUAAUUCUUGAAUUGUACUGGCAACCAUACUGAUGUCUUGGCAUUUCUUUAGGCCUCU